AUGGCCGAGCUAGAUCCCGAACGAGCCACUGCUGCCUACGACUUGCCGCGGGAAAUCGAGCCUGAUUCUGCAGCAGAAUUCUCCGACGAGGCCACCUCGAGCGUCUUGACCUCCAUCGCCUCCGAAAUUAGGAGGGGGCGUGAGGAAAAUGGCAGGAUAUACCCAGCCUACGGCACUCAGGAGUACAUGCUCCCCGUCGACGAGUACGAGCUCGACCGGAUGGACAUGCAGCACCACAAAUACACCCUGCUCCAGGGCGACAAGCUGUACCUCGCCCCUCUCCGCGAUGAUCCGCAAAAAAUCCUCGACAUCGGCACAGGAACCGGCAUCUGGGCCAUCGACAUGGCCGAGAAAUUCCAAUCGGCCGAGGUCAUCGGGACCGACAUCGCACCAGUGCAACCAAUAUGGACACCGCCGAAUUGUUACUUCGAAGUCGACGAUUGCGAGAUGGACUGGCAGUUCAAGCAGGAGAGCUUCGACUUCAUCCACACGCGCGACUGUUACCUCUCAAUCCGGAACUGGCCACGCCUGAUCGGCCAAGCGUAUGACCACCUCAAACCCAACGGCUGGCUCGAACUCUCCUGCGUCUGGCCCGUCCCGCAAUCCGACGACGGCACCCUGGACCAAGAAUCGGGCUACGUCGAACUCUGCCAGACCUUCUGGGACAUCGGCGAGGCCAUCGGGGCCGACGCCGACGCGCCGCGGUGGUACAAGCGGUACAUGGUCGAACAGGGCUUCGCCGACGUCGAGGAGGUCGUCUUCAAGGUGCCCACGUCCGAGUGGCCCAAGGAAAAGCGGCUGAAGCGCAUCGGCGCGCUCGAGAGGCUGAACCUGCUCGAGGGCGGGGAGGCUUUUUUGCUUCGAGGCAUGACCAGAGAGUUCGGCCGAUCGCGCGCGGAGAUGGAAGUGAUGCUGAUGCGGAUGCGAAAGGAGCUGAUGGCCAACAAAUUCCACAGCUACGUUUCGUUCUACGUCGUGUUCGGCAGAAAACCAGACACAAAUACCUGA